UUCCGGUGGCGCCAAAGUCUGGCAACACCGCGGCAGUUUAACGGUUUAACAGUUUAACAGUUUAACCGGGUUCUCCGGGGUUAAUUAGUUAAAUCUGUUUCCCUCCGCGGGUCAAAACGGAGUAAAUGAGCAGAUAAACGCGGACUUUUAUCAGUGUUUUGAAGCCACAGCUGCACAAAUGUGGAAAUGUCGAAACCGGAGCAACUUCUCAUCGUUGUGUCGGUGCUGGAAGGCCGUCACUUCCCCCGUCUCCCCCGUCUCCCCCUGACGGUGAUGUGUGUUUCUCCCCCAGGCCGUCACUUCCCCCGUCUCCCCCGUGUCUCCCUCACCGUGACCUCCAGCUUCGACGGGGAGCAGCUCAGCACCGACCCGGUGGAUCAUGUGGAGACGCCGCAGUUCAACACGGAGCUAGCAUGGGAGCUGGACCGCCGCGCGCUGCACCGACACAGGCUGCAGAGAACCCCCAUCAAGCUCCAGUGCUGGUCCCUGGACCCCGCCAGCAGGAGGAGGGAGAGCGUCGGCUACAUCGUCCUGGACCUGAGAUCCGUGCAGGAGAAACGGCAGGAGCCCCGCUGGUUCCCCCUGCUCAGCAGCCCGUACCCCCAGCAGAAACCCGCCCUGCUGCUGGGAACGGCCCUGGAGAAGGACCAGGUCUGCAGGAACUCCCCGGAGAAGUUCAGGGCCCGGAGGGCCCCGCCCCGCCAAGGUUCCCCGUCGGUCCCGGAGCUGCUCCCUGAGAAACUGCAGGCCGUUCUGGUCUCGGACCUCGGCCUCCACCAGGUGGGCCCGCCGGACCGAUGCUCCGACAUGUUCCUGCUGUCGGUCACCGUGGCCUUCGCCUCCAAGCUGGAGCAGCUGGUCCCGGACCGGGCCGGUCUCUCCUCGGAGGACCGGGGCUUCUUCUUCUACUACUCCCUACUCGGUAACGACAUCACCAGCCAGCCGUUCCUCAGCCUGCUGAGCCCCGACUUCCAGCCCGAGAGAGCGUCGGUACGAAUCCGGAGCAGCAGGGAGGUUCUGCAGAACUUCCUGGUGCAGCAGCCGGACCUGCAGAUCCACCUGUGCUGUGGGAACCAGUCUCUAGGUGGCGCUAGCGUCUCCCUCUCAGCUCUGGCCUCCGUCUCCGUGGACCUGGACCGCGGGGCGGCCACGGUGGAGGGCGUGUUCCCCCUGACGCCGCCGCGGCGCGCUAACCUGGCGCCGCUAGCCGCGGAGCUGCAGCCGUCGGUGGGCGUGGCCGUCACGCUGCGGCGGGAGGACGUAGCGCCGCAGCCGCCGGCGGGGAGCAAACAGGUUACGACGGAGGCUCCGGCCCCUGAGACUCCUCCCCCUGAGGCUCCGCCCCCUCAGGCUCCACCCACCGAGGCUCCUCCCACCGAGCCUGGAAGCCCCGCCCCCCUCAGGAAGGGCCGUCCUCCGUCUCAGACGGAGAGUGAAGCGGACAGUCUGCUGGAGGAGCUUCAGGUCCAGGACCGGGAACCGGACCGGGUUGCCGCGGCGACGCCCGAGGGGGCGGAGCCUCAGGACGGUGGGGGCGGGGCCUCGUCCCUCAGUGUCUCCGCCCCCAAGGUGUCCAUCCCGUCCUCGUCCCACCAUUACAGCUUCUCCCUGGACCUGCAGAGACUCGGGAAGCUCAGCCUGACGCACGCUGUCAACGCUACGCUAAGGUACCAGUACCGGUUCUUCGGCAGCUCCGCCCCCAUCAUGACCAACCCCCCGGUGCAGCUCCAGAGGAACCAGGACGUUUCUCUUCCUCAGUCUUUCUGCGCCUUCGACUUCGCCGCCGAACCACAGCAGCUGACGGACACGUUCCUGAGGGAGCCCCUGGUGGUGGAGCUGUGGCACCGCGGCGCCGCCAGCCGGGACCAGCUGAUUGGACGGGCCUCGCUGCAGCUGUCCCAGCUGCUGGUUCUGGACCGGACCCGGUUCACCGGGCCUGCCGGGGGGGCGGGCUGGAGGCAGAGCCACCGGAACCGGGUCCCGGUGGUCCCGGUGGUCCCGGUGGUCCCGGUGGUCCCGGUGGUCCCGGUGGUCCAGGAGCAGAGUCCUGCAGAGACGGUGGCCGAGCUAAGCUACGUAGCGACGCUGGAGGAUCACGGAUUCAUCCGGGACCGGCGGGUCCAGGUGUCGGACUCAGAUCAGAAUGAAGUUCCUACUCAGCCAUUGGCCCCCCCAGCAGGGACCAGACCCGGAGCCCCCCCAGCAGAGACCAGACCCAGGGCCCCCCCAGCAGAGACCAGACCCGGAGCCCCCCCAGGGGGCCCCCCAGCAGAGACCAGACCCGGAGCCCCCCCAGGGGGCCCCCCAGCAGAGACCAGACCCGGGGCCCCCCCAGGGGGCCCCCCAGCACCGCAGGCCCCCAGGGACACCAUGGAGUACCGCACGGCCCUGGAGCUGGAGCUGUGGAAGGAGCAGCAGGAGGAUCUGUUCGACGACCAGCUGAAGAGGAAGGAGCUGCGACACAUGCAGGCGUUAGCGGAGGAGUGGAGGAGGAGAGACGGAGAGAGAGAAGCUCUGGUCAACAAGAAGGAGACAGAGUUCCAGCGGUUGGAGCUUCAGCUCCAGAAAACUCUGCUGGAUCUGGAGACGAGAGAGAAGCAGCUGGAGGAGGCGGAGCUGCAGACCCGGCGGCUGCAGCGCGACCUCCGGGCCGAGCACGAGCUGGCCCAGAAGGAGCUGCAGGAAACGGGCCGGCGGCUGCAGAGAGAGAACGACCACCGGGUGGCGCUGGAGCGGGAAACGGUCCGGCUGAUGGAGGAGGAGCGGGGACGGCUGCUGCAGCAGGUAAAUAACAAUACUAAUAAUAAUCAUAAUAAUAAUAAUAGAAACGGUCCGGCUGAUGGAGGAGGAGCGGGGACGGCUGCUGCAGCAGAUGUUCCUCUGAACCCGCUGAUGUUCUGCAGAUGUUCUUCUGAACCCGGUGAUGUCCUGCAGAUGUUCUCCACACAGAAGAGGGCCUCCUGCUUGGCUCCAUCACCUUCUCUAGGCCUCCUCUUGGCUCGGCGCAGCUUCCUGAAGUUCGGUGUGAACCUGGGCAUGUUGCUGUUGUAUGUGCAGAAGUUCUUAGUCUGCACUUAG